GCUGGGUGUGGUCUGCCCUUGUACUCGGGUGUAGUUGGAUGAAUCACUCGACGACCGACGGUCUUGAGGAAAUGACUGGACGUUUGUAGUCGGUUGCUAACUUUAUCGUGGCUGCUAGCUACUUGUCACAUUGAAGGAUUCCGCUCCCCGAAGACAAGAAGUGUGCGUGCCAACGCGUAUCCCGGCAAAUAGUUUUCUUUUUCCUGAUUAGCCUUAACAUGUUAACAUCGGUUCUUGCUAAUGUUUACUGUGGAGAGAAGCUAUCUUAACUUCGGAUAAAUGGCUACCGAGCGUGCGGUCAACUUGUGACUCUGUUUAGUCACACUGCGGGUGAAUAACUGGGAAAACUAGCCCAGGAAGUGUUUUAGUUAUUGUUGCUAUAUACCACGAAACCGAACCAAGAAAAAUUGCAGAUUGAAGGUUUUGUAUCUGAUAUGAAAGAGGUACAGUCGGGUGUAUUGGGAUUUGUUCCCCAGAAAGACAUCGUAUACAACAAACUGCUGCCUUAUGCGGAAAGGCUCGAUGACGAAUCCAACGAUCUUUUGAGUAAAAUUAAGGGGAACUUGGCCCGGGCUGUUCAGUUUCGAGAAAUAUGGCCCGGCGUGCUGUUUUGGACAAGGAAACUUUCCACGUACAUACGUCUAUAUGGGCGAAAGUUUAGCAAAGAAGACCACGUGCUUUUCAUCAAGUUGCUCUAUGAGCUAGUUACUAUCCCUCGUCUCGAGGUCAGCAUGAUGCAAGGCCUGGCUCGUCUCCUCAUCAACCUGCUCAAGAAAAGAGAGCUUCUCUCAAGGGAGGACCUGGAAUUGCCAUGGAGGCCUCUGUAUGAACUGCACGACAGGAUCCUUUUCUCCAAGACGGAGCAUUUGGGCCUCAAUUGGUUUCCCAACUCUGUGGAAGGUGUUUUGAAGACACUUGUGAAAACCUGCAGGCCAUAUUUUCCAGAGUCUGCAACCCAGGAGAUGCUGGACGAGUGGAGACCGCUAUUUUGUCCAUUUGAUGUCACCAUGCAGACAGCAAUCUGCUACUUUGAACUCUUUCUACCCACAACCCUACCACUGGAGUUGCAUCAUAAGGGCUUCAAGUUGUGGUUUGAAGAGUUGAUCAACUUGUGGGUAUCAGUGCAGAAUCUUCCAAGCUGGGAACUGAAUCUGGUGAAUCUUUUUGCUCGCUUGGCCAACGACAACAUCGGCUACAUUGACUGGGAUCCUUAUAUUCCUAAGAUUUUCACAAGAGUUUUGAGGAGUUUGAAUCUUCCUGUGGGGACCAGUCAAAUGAUGUUGCCGCGAUACUUAACCAAUGCCUACGACAUCGGCCAUGUGGUGCUUUGGAUAUCGUCACUUCUGGGCGGACCAAGUAAGCAAACUCAAGCACAGCUCACUGGCCUUUUCAACAGCAUCACAUCUUUCUUCCACCCAUCAAACCACGGCCGCUGGUUGAUGAAACUCAUGAAGUUGUUGCAGCGUCUUCCUGCCAGUGUUGUCCGUCGGGUGCACCGAGAGCGCUACAGAAAGCCUUCAUGGUUAACGCCGAUCCCGGACAAUUAUAAGCUCACUGAGGACGAUAUCACAGACUUUGUACAGAGUAUGAUGCAGCCAGUACUGCUUGCCAUGUUCAGCAAAACGGGCAGUCUCGAUGCUGCUCAGGCUCUCCAGAAUCUGGCUCUAAUGAGGCCUGAGUUGGUCAUUCCUCCAGUUCUGGAGAGAACAUACCCUGCACUGGAAACUCUAACAGAGCCCCACCAGUUGACAGCCACACUAAGCUGCAUGAUCGGUGUAGCACGGAGCCUAGUUUCUGGUGGAAAGCACCUUCCUGAAGGACCCACUCACAUGCUGCCCCUACUCAUGAGGGCCCUGCCUGGAGUUGAUCCAAAUGACUUCAGCAAGUGCAUGAUCACUUUCCAGUUUAUUGCUACGUUUGUGACUCUUGUGCCUUUGGUGGACUGUUCGUCUGUUCUUCAUGAAAACACAGACUUGACAGAGGUGGAAAAGGAAAUGUGCUCAGCCUCUGCAGAAUUUGAAGACUUUGUGCUCCAGUUUAUGGACAGGUGCUUUGCCCUGAUCGACAGCAGCACUCUAGAGCAAACACGUGAGGAAGCAGAGACUGAGAAAAUGACCCAUUUGGAGAGUUUGGUGGAACUUGGCUUGUCUUCUACCUUUAGCACUAUCCUUACUCAGUGCUCCUUGGACAUCUUCAUGGUGGCCCUAGAAAAGGUUUUCAACUUUGCAACCACCAACAUUUUUGAAACCCGUGUUGCUGGAAGGAUGGUGGCGGACAUGUGCCGGGCUGCUGCUAAGUGUCACCCAGCAGAAUCCCUUAAGAUGUUUGUGCCUCACUGCUGCUGUCAAAUACACCAAAUUGCUUCUAAUGAAGAAGUAUUACAUGAAGAAGAACUUGACAAGGAGUUUUUAUGGAAUCUCCAGCUACUGUCAGAGGUUACUCGAGUGGAUGGUAAAAAGCUCCUGGCCUAUUCCUCUGACUUGGUCCAGAUUUUGCAGUUGACCCUCCACCUCAAGUGUAAGCAGGGCUAUAUCCUAGCAUGCAACCUACUCCAUCACAUCCUCCGCUCUACAGCCCUCAUCUAUCCUACUGAGUACUGCAGUGUGCCAAGUGGCUUCCGGCAACCAAUCACAGAGUAUCUACCCAUCAAGGAUUGGGGUCGUCCAGGUGAUUUGUGGAACUUGAACAUCCGGUGGCAUGUGCCCAGUGCUGAUGAGACCACCUUUACCUUUUAUUUACUGGGCCUGAUUCUUAAACCUGAACUAAAAAGACUUCAAAGUUUUGCUGAGGGAGAACAAGACAUGAGCAGGGAUGAUGUCUUACAGAGUCUCACCAUUGUUCAACAUUGUCUCUUGGGAGCUGGGAGUCUUAUGCCUCCCUUGAAAGGAGAGCUUAUACCUGAACUGGUACAUAGUAUGGUGACUCUAGAGGAGACCAUCCUGUAUACUGGAACAAAGUAUGAUGAGUCCCAAGAGAGCUACAGAGAUUCCAUUUGCCAUGUGAUGAGACAGUUGCUUCAUUAUAUACUGGAACAUUCUGAAGAUGACACCAAGUCCCUCUUUUCCAUUAUCAAGAUUAUCAGUGAAUUGCUGCAUUUUAAAGGUUCCCACAAACAUGAGUUUGACUCUCGCUGGAAGAGCUUCAACCUUGUGAAAAAAUCAAUGGAAAACAGGCUUCAUGGCAGAAAACAGCAUAACAGAGGUCUCCUCAUCGACAGAGUCAUGCUCCAGCAUGAACUACGCAAGCUGACGGUGGAAGGAUGUCAAUACAGAAGCAUUCACCAGGAGCUGAUGAGGGAUCUGUUGCGCCUCUCCACAAGCACCUACAGCCAAGUACGUAGCAAAGCUCAAAGUGUACUGUUCACUGCACUUGGUACAUACAAUUUCUGCUGUAGGGAUGUGAUCCCUCACGUCCUCGAGUUUCUCAACCCAGACAACAGCAGCGUCACACAGCAACAGUUCAAAGGUGCCUUGUAUUGUCUGCUUGGGAAUCACAGUGGAGUGUGCCUAGCCAAUUUGCAUGACUGGGAGUGCAUUGACCUGACGUGGCCUGCUAUUGUUCGAUCUGGCCUCAGUUCAGCCAUGUCUUUAGAGAAGCCCUCCAUAGUGCGACUCUUUGACGACCUUGCUGACAAAAUUCACCGACAUUAUGAGACCAUUGGCAUCAACUUCUGCAUCCCUGAAAAGACCUGUAAUGUAGCCAAACAACUUAUGGUCACUGGAAAUCCCUUUCCUAAAGACCCUGUUCCCUCCGAAGAAGAAACAUUAAAAGGCAUUCACAGGCAGGAACUCAAGAAUUUAGAGUCUGGCGAGAAGUACCAGCAGCUCAUUGGUGAUUUGCUAAACUCGCUCGGGAACAGAAACUUGCCUUGGAAAUUUGAGCACCUCGCUAUUGGCUUCUUGUCACUGCUCCUGAGAGAUGACCACCAACUCCCGCCAGCAGCUGUUUUGUUCUUUGUCCAAACCCUCAACCACGACUCCCUCCACGUGCGCAAAGUGGCAAUAUCCGCUGUGGCAGGGAUCAUGAAGCAAAUAAAAAGGCCUCAUAAAAAAGUGCCAGUUAGCCCUUCUGAGCUUUGCAAGCAGUACAAAGGUGAACUUGAAGAGCCUGAAGGUAUAGUGGCUGGUGACCGCCCAGACAACAAGUGGCUCCAGUAUAACAGCAACAGCCUACCAAGGACUCAGCAGGACUGGGAUCUCUGUGCUUUUGUGGAAAAGACUCAUUGGGGUUACUACAGUUGGCCAAGGAAACUGAUGAUGUAUGCUCCUGAGGAAGAGCAGCCCAAACAGAACCUCACGCGGGAGGAAAUGACAGAGCGGGAGCAGAUCAUCUAUGACCAUUUUUCGGACCCAGUAUUCAUCAAUCAAUUUAUUGAGUUUCUCUCUCUAGAGGAUCGAAAGGGCAAAGACAAGUUUAGCACACGCAGAUUCUGUUUGUUCAAGGGUUUGUUCCGCAAUUUCAGUGACACCUUCCUGCCUCUGCUGCAGCCUCACAUGGAGCGCUUGGUAACAGACAACCAUGAGAGUAAGCAGCGUUGUGUUGCAGAAAUAAUAUCUGGUCUAAUCAGAGGAUCCAAGCACUGGAGUUACUCUAAGGUUGAGAGCCUUUGGGAAGUGUUGUGUCCACUCCUCCGUACAGCCUUGUCCAACAUCACCGUAGAAACAUAUGCAGACUGGGGCACCUGCAUAGCCACCGCAUGCGAGAGUAGAGACCCCCGCAAACUUCACUGGCUUUUUGAGAUGCUCAUGGAGUCUCCUGUCAAUGGGGAGGGAGGCUCAUUUGUCGAUGCUUGUCGCCUGUAUGUGCUCCAAGGAGGCCUUGCCCAACAGGAGUGGCGUGUGCCAGAGCUCCUCCACAGAUUGUUGCAGUACCUGGAGCCCAAACUGACCCAGGUUUACAAAAAUGUGCGGGAGCGGAUUGGAAGCGUGCUGACCUACAUCUUCAUGAUAGAUGUCAACCUGCCUUACACUCAACCAACCACCUCGCCUCGCAUCUCAGACUUCACCGACAGAAUUUUGUUACAGCUGAAGCCCCUGACUGAAGCCGACGAGGAAAUCCAGAACCAUGUGAUUGAAGAGAAUGAGGUGGGGGAGCAGGAUGAGAGAACACAAGCAAUCAAGCUUCUCAAAACAGUGUUAAAGUGGUUGAUUUCGAGUGCCGGGCGGUCCUACUCCACUGCUGUCCCUGAGCACCUGCGCUUGCUUCCUCUACUCUUCAAAAUUGCACCAGUUGAAAAUGAUGACAGUUAUGAUGAGCUGAAGAGGGAUGCAAAGACCUGCUUGUCUCUCAUGUCACAGGGGCUCCUUUACACAGAACAGAUCCCCAUGGUCCUCAAUGUCCUGCAGGAGAUUGCAGGCAGCAGCUCCUGGCACGCUCGCUACACGGUGCUGACAUACCUCCAGAUCAUGGCAUUUUACAACUUGUUCACCUUCAUGAGUGACCUGAAAGCAGUGAAUGACGUGCGGGCACUGGUUAUAAGACUGCUGGAGGAUGAGCAACUGGAGGUAAGAGAAAUGGCAGCCACCACACUCAGUGGCUUCCUACAGUGCAAUUUCCUGCACAUGGAUGCCCCCAUGCAGGCUCACUUUGAGGCUCUGUGCAAGACUCGUCUGCCUAAAAAGAGGAAGAGGGGUGUCGGCUCAACUGUGGACACUAUACCUUCUGCCGACCUUGUGCGGCGCCAUGCUGGUGUUCUUGGGCUGAGUGCCUGCAUUCUCUCAAGCCCAUAUGAUGUGCCCACCUGGAUGCCCCAGCUUUUAAUGGACCUCAGUGCCCACCUCAACGAUACCCAACCAAUUGAGAUGACUGUGAAGAAAACCCUGUCCAACUUUCGAAGAACGCAUCAUGACAACUGGCAGCAGCAUAAGCAGCAGUUCACCGAUGAUCAGCUGCUGGUGCUCACUGACCUCCUGGUCUCCCCCUGUUACUAUGCCUAAAACCUGACUACAUCCAUGCCAGCCAGCAUCAUGGAGGUGGCUGCAAUUCAAAGAGACCAGGAAGUCGCAUACAAAAUUAUUUGCAAUGUUAUGUAUGUAUGUAGCUCAUUUACGUUUAUUCUAUACUUAAUAUUUAAGGAUCAAUCAUGGCAGGAAUGGGUGACCUGCAGGGUGUAACAUUUCUGUACAGUUUUUUUUUUCUUUAUGGUUUGGUUGUUUAAUCUUGUGUAUGGAUGCUUGAAAAUGUGACGCUUCGGACCCAUUUCUCAGGGUUUACAUCCUAAGAAUCAACUCUGAGCCAACACAAUGUCCCAGUGUAGGACAUGCGUUUCAUAAUCAUCUUCCAAAAUUAAAGUGUUUGUUUUGAACUGCAAAAAGUUGUCAACGGAACUCUGGAUUAGAUGGUUUGUGUGGCUCGAUGAUUAUAUGCAUUGUGGGUUUGUGUGUCACGCUUUGGCUAAUAUGCACAAACAUAUUUAUUUAUUUAUAAGUUCUUGAAGUGCUGCAUUUUUAUUUUCCUAGCAAGUAUUUCUGCAGGUUAAGUAGGUGAGUGAGAUUUUAUUUUUUCCCUGGGUUAAACACUACGUCCUAUUUUCAUCUACUCUUGUAAAGAAAGGGGAGAGUGCGCUCCCCAUGCGGUGCUGUCAUGUUUUUGUGAGGACCACAGCACUUUUCAAGGUUCUCCAGCGCAAAACAUUGUUCACUGUGCCAGUCCAUAAUUUCAAUUGAUAGUUGACUCCGCCCCCCCUACAACUAGCUGUUUUAGGUCAACUUAUGGUUUCCUGUAGUGACUUGAAAUGAGUCCCAAUAUGAAGCAUUUAGUACCUCACCUUUUUUUUAGUGUAGUGCCAAAAUUGCUUUUUUUAUUUAGAUGAACUGUUUGCUCAUUGUAUAUUAUGUAUAAAUAAAUUGUUUAUAAAACGA